AUGGAUCCCUCUCGAAUCCAACGCGUCGUCCUCCUCAUCGACCUCUACCCUCUCCUCGAUCUCCAAAACCCUUACUCUUACCUCUCCCCGAUCCUAUCUGCCGCCCGAAGGAUCCUAUCCUUCGCCCCCCUCGCUUCCUCCCUCUUCGCCUACAAGCUGUUCUUCUCCUCCCUCUCCCCAAUCCUCUCCACCUCCACGGUCCACCGCCUCCUCGGCAAGUCCUCCACCUUCCUCUCCUUCGAUUGCCCCGCCUCGACCCUCGACUCCCUCUCCCGAACCCUCGAUUCCCUCCGCUCGGUCUCCGGUUCAUGCCACUCCGCCGGCCAUGGCUUCUCCCGCGCGCCGCUGCUGGCCAAGUCUCUCCUCCAGCUCGAGCACGACUACGGCUGGGAACCCCAUCAUCAAGAUCGCAAAGGUGCGCAGGAAUUGCUCGCUAUCCGUCCGAAUCUGGUCGUGCUGUUCUCUCCUAUGUACCCAGGCCCAAACUUUUUGUCGGAACAUGUCGAUUUGGAAUUGGCCGGCGAGUCGGACUCGGCGAUGUCGUCCGAUGCGUUCUUAAAGAGGUUCUUGGAAUGUUUUGGUUUGGUAAAAGAGCGAUUGGCCUUUUGUGAUAUCCAUCUCAGUUGGGUCGACGUCAAUUUUGACCACCAUUGCGAAAGAGAUGUUUCCGGCUCGGAAUUUUUCGAGAGAGGGGUCAGGGAGUUGGGUUGGGGGUUUUGCUCCACCGAUGCAAUCGUUCUGGGAUCUGCGCUGGUGCCUUUUGGCCUGGUUUUCCCUUACAUCGGAUGCGCUAUGGGUUUUGCGGCGGAUAGUGGCCUCAACAAGGGCACGUCAGAGCUUGUUCUAGAAAUCGUUGAUGUUUAUGGGGAGCCUUUGGAGUGCAAAAGUUGUGAACUUGAAGUACUUGAUCUGAAACCAGUCCGAGAAAGAUCAGACAUGACGGGAUCUCUGUUAAAAUUUUUGGGCAGCAAGACAUCAAAUAUCCGCAUUAGAGAAGUGUGGAGAAGCGACGAUGGAAGAAAGGUUAUGAGCGACCCAAGUAAUCUUUAUCUUAUUCGAGGAACUACAGGAGAAUGCAACAAAGUUUCAAGGAAUCAUGCUAAAGGAGAGUUCUUUGCAGACAGUGUUCUCAAAUUGCUUUGCAGAGAGAAGGGUGAGUUGGUUGCAGAUAAGCCUCUUUGGCAGAUCCUUCUCACAUUCCUCUACAACAAAAGCUACUGGGCUUCUGUAUCUAUUUACGACAGUGAUGAUAAAUCUAUGGAGGGCAUGCUAAUUCCUUUUACGGUUAAUUAUGCUUUACUUGCUGUUCCCCAAAAGAAUUCUCUGAACUCAUGCCAAUUAGUUGCUAGAAAAAGCAGAAGCACAUCUGAAACACUCCAUACUCCUGCACUUGCUGGGUCGAGAGAGGACAGUAGAAGGAAAAGAAAGAAAUUGCAUUUAAAUCAGAUUCAAAAUGCCACAUUGAGUUCCUUCCGUGAAUUGGUGUCAAGUCAAACAGAUGAUGUUGCUUUAGGAGUUGGUCUGGAGCAACUAUACUCUGGCAAGAUACAUGACAAAUCGAAGAAAUUAAUGUUCUUGAAGUGUUGGAUGAGGCAGAUUGUAAAGUCCAAUACUAAUUGUGAAGUAACUCUUGAUGAACAGAAGGAACCUUUGGAUAUCAAAGAAGAUGUGGAAACAAGAAAUGUUGCCUCACAAGAUGCGUCUGAAGCAGAUGCCAUUCCUUCCUCCACUGAGGAUGCUCAUCAAAGUGCAUCAUCUGCAAACAAGGAUGCCCCAUUAUUUUCUUGCGUGGAAGACAUGGAAACUUUCUUGAGAAGUAUUCCUCAGAAGAUUGAGCAAGGUCUGUGUUCACUAGAUACAGAUAUCGGAAAUUUAGCUGGGCGCCUAGUCGGUUUGUCUAUUAGAGCUCUUGAUGCACAGAUUGGAAAGAAUGUCGAGGAUAUCAUCUCAGAUGAAACUGGCGAUGCAUCUUAUGUGAAGAUUGUUGAUGAGGUUUCUCGUCUUCUUCUGGUGAAGCCCAGGGAUCUAAUAUUGAAGUACAAAACCACAAAUCCUGCACGUAUUGCAUCAUCAAAUCCAGUUUUUGAUAUAUACAACACAGAAUACAAAAUUCGAGAACAUGAGUUGCAGAUCUUGUUUAGAAUGGAAAUACUUUGUUCGAGUGUCGGACCAAGCAUUGAAGAUAAUACAAAACAGAAGAUGAUUAAAGAUAUAUGCUCCCUUUUGCAGUUUAUUGACAUCAAUCUGGAAGGGGAUUCAUUUUGUGGUCAAAGUAUUGUUGAGUUUGCAGAAAGAACAAUAAAAUGCAGGUACUCUCAUUCUCUAAAAGACGUCAUUGAUAAGAUAUACAACCAAAUGGAGUUUGGCUUAUUUGAUGAGGAUGAAGUUGGAGCUUCAGACUCAUUACCCAACAGCAACAGUGAAGACUUCAAGAGGGGGGACUUUGACAUUGGCAACAGAUUUCCUACAGAUCCAAUCGGAGCUGCUGGUUCUGAAGUUGGUCAUCAGGAAAUGUAUGCCAGGACACAGCAAGAGAAAUUGGAUAAUGCGCACGAGCGAAGACUAAUGAAAGCACAGCAAAGAAGGAACAGAGACAGGAGGUUCUCAUCAUUCACAAGCUGGGUGCCGGAUUUGCAGAGGGUAUGGGCGCUGAAGCAGCCAAAGGCAGAAAGAUUGAUGCGUUCUUCAUUGCCCAAGCCACUGAAACGAAGGAGACGUCAUUCCUCCACCGAUGACAGGGUUUGCGAGACUCCGAUGAUGGAUCGAAAGGUUCAAUCACAGUCCCAGGAGGAUGCUUGUGGCGGUAUGAACCGUUCCAACCCGUUGUCCAAGGCCUUGUUUCGCAUUGAAGGAGAACCUGGUUCUGGUGUCUGACGCAACCAUUACUAUCUGUGACAUUUAUGUUCUUCGUAUGACUUGUCCUGUAUAUUAAGGGUUCAGAGAAGGAUCGUCUGAUGAUUCUUUUAUCAAAUGAUCAGAUUAUCCAGUGUUGUACCUAAACGAUUCAAGUUCAUAUAGCACAAACAAUUUACUGAGGGCUCUAAACAACUCCAAUGUUUUUUGGGUUUGUGAUGCUG